AUGGAGCCACCACCUGACCUUAAUGUCCAUAAAAAGGGUCAUGUUUGCAGGCUUACUAAGUCACUAUAUGGUCUAAAACAAGCCAGCAGGUACAUAAAAUCUAAGCCUUCGGAGGGAUUAUUCUUUGCAGCCGAUUCUCCAAUGCACUUAAAAGCCUUCCGUGACUCUGAUUGCGCAACAUGCCCCAAUACUAGAAGGUCUACUACAGGUUUUUGUAUUUUCCUUUGUUCAUCACUCAUCUCGUGGAAAUCUAAGAACCAGAGCACUGUCUCCAGAUCUUCUACCAAAGCAGAAUAUCGUGCUCUUGCAGCCAUUGUAUGCGAAAUACAAUGGAUUUAUUAUCUUCUUCAAGAUCUUCAAGUUCAAGAAGUUGGAACUCCUGCUCUCUACUACGACAACAAAUCAGCAAGACACAUAGCUCAUAACCAGAGCUUUCACGAAAGGACAAAACACAUAGAACUCGACUGCCAUGUUGUUCGAGAGAAGAUACAGGCUAAUCUUCUACGUGUCCUUCCAGUUUGUUCCGAUGAACAGGCUGCUUAUGGACAACACCACAUCCGAUGCAUUCCAAAGGAGAGGGAUGCACUCCUUCAAUUCAAGGCUGCCAUUGUUGAUGACUUCGGCAUGCUCUCAUCUUGGACCACUCCCGACUGUUGCCAAUGGGAGGGGAUUCGCUGCACCAACCUUACCGCUCAUAUUAUAAGCAUCCACCUUCCUGGACAGUAUCAUUAUCCAUAUCUUUCUCUUUCUGGUAUUUAUAAAGUCUCUCGGCGUUACAUCAGUGGAGAGAUCCACAAGUCGUUAAUGGAGUUGCGACACUUACAGUAUUUGAACCUCAGUUUAAAUGAUUUUACAGACACUAAUAUUCCAGAGUUUCUUGGCUCUCUUACCAACUUGAGAUAUCUUGAUCUCUCUUCAUGUAAUUUUGGCGGACAAAUUCCAAGUCAGAUAAGUUCUCUUUCUCAUUUGAAAUAUUUGAAUGUUGCAAGAAAUUAUUAUUUGGAGGGUUUAAUCCCUCGUGAACUUGGAAAUCUCUCUCGACUGCAGUAUCUUGAUCUCAGUCGCAAUUUUUUUGAAGGAUGCAUUCCUUCCCAACUAGGAAACCUUUCAAAUUUGCAUAAACUCUAUCUUGGAGGAUACGAUAGUGCUCUCAAAAUUGUCAGUAGUGAUCAAUGGUUAUCUAAUCUUAAUUCUUUAACCCAUCUUUCCUUCAAUUCCAUAUCUAAUUUUUACAGUUCUCCUAGCUACCUUCGAACCAUUGCCAAGCUACCAAAAUUAAGAGAACUCAGUUUAUCUGAAUGUGGCCUUUCCGAUCAUUUUCUCCUUUCAUUCAACCCUUGCAACUUCAAUUUUUCUACUUCCCUUUCUGUCCUUGAUCUUUCUGGAAACUCCUUCACACAACCGAUGAUAUUCCAGUGGCUGUCAAACACCACUUCCAACCUUGUUGAGCUUGACCUUAAUGGUAACCUCUUGAAGGGUUCGACAUCAAAUCAUUUUGGCUUGGCCAUGAAUUCGCUUGAGCACCUUGACCUCUCCUAUAAUGUGUUCAAGGGUGAAGAUUUGAAAUCAUUCAUGAAUAUAUGCACCCUACGUUCAUUAUACAUGUUUGAAAACAAUAUGACCGAAGACCUUUCGUCAAUUCUUCAUAAUUUGUCUAGUGGUUGUGUUAGAUACUCAUUACAACAAUUGUGUUUGAGAAACAAUCAAAUCAGAGGCUCUGUACCUGACCUUUCAGCAUUUUCAAAUUUAAAAAAGUUGGAUCUUUCUUAUAAUCUAUUGAGUGGGAAGAUACCUGAAGGCACUAGAUUGCCAUCUCAUUUGGAGCAGUUGUUAAUUGUGUCUAACUCUUUAGAAGGUGGUGUUCCAAAAUCAUUUGGGAGCACAUGUACUUUGGAGUUAUUGCAUUUAUCUUUCAACAAGUUGAGUGAAGAUCUCACAGUGAUAUUUAAUCAUUUGUCUGGAUGUUCUAGAUACUCAUUACGAGAAAUAUAUCUUGGUCAAAAUAAAGUCAAUGGCACAUUACCUGAUUUCUCAAUAUUUGCAAAGUUGGAAACGUUGGAUCUCAGUAUCAAUCAAAUUAGCGGUACUUUGCCUAACACUCUCAAAUUGUUGCCAUCAUUAAAAAGAUUGCACCUUGAUAAUAACAUGCUAAAUGGGACAAUUUCUGAAGAUCUUCGAUUUCCAUCGGAACUUGAGGAAUUAUCGUUGAUGUCAAACUCUUUGAAAGGUACUGUUCCAAAAUGGUUUUGGACCAAAUUUCGAUUGUCAAAUUGGAGGAGUUUUGAUAUUUCAUCCAAUAAUUUACAAGGUACAAUUCCAAAUUUGCCAAUAGAGAAUCAUUAUUAUUCUCUUUUGCUUAAUCUUGCAUCAAAUCAAUUUGAAGGUCCUGUUCCGUCAUUUUUAUGA